AUUAAUGGAUAACGCCUGAGUCUGUUGGGCUGCUAUUGAAUAACACCUACUGAGGACCACAUUUUGGAAAAAAAACACCAAGUAGCUGCUUAGGAUGAGUCUUCCUAAUAUAAGAAAUAUAUUUUCACCAAAAAUCGUGCAGGGAAUGUGGUCAAGUAAGUACAGUAAAAAGCUCAAUUUCGAGUUACCAGAGCGAUUCAAAGGAACGAUUGUUGAAAAAUGGGCAAACUAUUGGAAACAAUUGGUAAUUGACUAUAAAGAGAUGGUCAUUGAUACUUGCAAACACAUGUUUCAGCAUCCUUUGAAAACAUCAAUAUAUACCGGGGUCGGUGCGACUACGUAUUUUUUGUGUAAACACAAUCCUGACUUCGCGGACUUUGAAAAAUCAUUUCAAAACAGUAAGAACCUAUUGAUCCUUGUAGCUGAGCCUUGUCAAAACCCUGUAUCGGCUGACCACAUACGAAGCUUAGAGCGAUAUAUUAAUCAAAACGUUGUCCGAAGGUUAUCAUUAGGUGUUAUUUCUUUUAUAUGGAUCGAUAAUUACGAUAAAGACUGUUCCUUAUACAAGGCUACAUGUGAAUAUUUGAAACCACCAUAUAAGACAUUUAAAGAGAGAGUCAUUGAUGUUGGGUUCUUGGACAAAUAUUGGAUAUUGGACGAACAAAUGAAGGAUUAUGAUGUUAACUUUUGAAUGAAAGGAUUGUAAAUAUUUACUUUGUGUAAAAUAGAAUUCAAAAUUAGGUAUAUUAUAGUUAAAAUUAAUAUCUAUAAAAAAUAAAAAUAAAUCGAAAAAUGUAUUUGGCCUCCGAGUUUUUAUAGAUUUAUAACAGGAAAUGGCAGUGGAAAGAUUUUAUUCAGUUUUCUCCAUUCUAAAUCAAACUACUUACCAUAAUGGAUGACCGACUUGGACGUUUUCAAUAAAACAGAACACGAGUUAACUUCAAACAAAAUC